AUGUCCACCGCAACACUCACCGAAGCCGCCCAGCAGAAAGUCGUCGUCACCAACGACGAGUACACCAACACGCCCACCGCCGCAGAUGCAGAUGCCACCUUCCAGGCGACCGCGCGCGGAGACCGGGCCGGCACACUGAAGCUGCGCGGCAUCCCAACCUUCAGCGACCCCCAAGAGCAGCGCAAAUGGAUGAAAGAGCACAUGGCCGCGGCGUUCCGCUACUUCGGCAAGCUGGGCUACAGCGAGGGCAUUUCGGGGCAUAUCUCCAUGCGGGACCCCGUCCUCAAAGACCACUUCUGGAUGAACCCCUACGCCAAACACUUCUCCGCCAUGAAGGCCUCCGAUCUGGUCCUCGUGGACGCGGACGGCUACGUCACCGACGGCGGCAACCAGGCGCCCAUCAAUGAAGCCGGAUUUAUGAUCCACUCAGAGAUUCACAAGGCGCGCCCGGAUGUCGUCGCUGCGGCGCAUACGCACGGCGUGUAUGGGAAGACCUGGAGUGCAUUUGGGCGGCCUAUCGAGAUGAUCUCGCAGGAUGCGUGCAACUUCUACGGAAAGCUGAGCGUGUACGACGACCAUGGCGGCGUUGCGCUGGCGCAGGAUGAGGGUCGGCAGAUUGCUGCGGCGCUUGGUAAGGAUAGCAUUGCGUGCAUCUUGCAGAAUCAUGGGUUGUUGACUGUCGGCCGCACGGUGGAUGAGGCCGCGUUCUUGUUCUCCAGCUUGGACAAUGCGUGCCAUUCGCAGCUGAUGGCGGAUGCGGCGGCCGCGAAUGGCCUGCCGAAGAAGAUCAUUCCUCAUAAUGUGGCUAAGUAUACCGCUGAUGCGGUGCAGAACCCUCAUAACUUUUACACCGAGUUUCAGCCGGAGUUUGAUCUGAUCGUGGAGGAGAGCAAUGGACGCGUGCUUCAAUAG